CCACAACUCCUGCGAUCACCUUGCACCCAUUCUCUGGAACAUGGAUGCUGCCGGCAAUGCUUCGUUGGGCAAGGGGCUGAGCCUGCCUAUGCCCGUGUCCGAGCUGUGGACCGCGCUGAGCAUGGUGCUUCUUCUUAUACCGAUUACCAUCAUCGUCACAAAGCUGAUUGGCUCGCGUAUGCCUCCCGUCCGCGUGGAGAAGCAGGAUUAGGCGCGAAGGUGUUUUGUAGCAGUCGUUACACUGAUUCCGAGUUAUAUUCUCUAAAGCUUAGCUGGAACUAGCCACUACUACUUCAUACAACGAUAUACAAGACAGCUACCCUUCAAUGGCAAGUACGCAUCAGGCGCGCCAUCUGCUUCAACGUCUUGCUUCAGCCAGUACCUGUGGCGCUGCGUGCGGGGAGAAUGCAUUGACACAACGCGCCUGGCUGCAGCUAGAAUGUUCAGAAGCCCCAAUUGGACUGGAGACGGCGCUCUCCAACACUCCUGCGUCUUCAGCCUUGGCUUCCCCAGGAACUGCAGCAAUAUCAAGGCCACAGCAGCAACUAUUAACCGUUCAGUCAGGAUGGGAUCGACAGUCAACUUCUUCGCGCGGCGCACAUCUCGGCCCCCAUGGCAUGCAUCCGACCAAGCCACCCGCCAACAGCCGUAUCUCAGUUGCCGGUUUCCUAGUAAGGAACAUGACCUCACUGGCAAACCCUUACAGCAACUCGUUACCGCUUCUACGGCCGCGCCCGAACACCCCAGCAGCUGUAGCCGCAGCCACAGCGUUGCAACGCUCGCUUAGUACCUCCCGCGCCCCGUGCGACGCCCCCAACUCGCCUUCCCCUUCUCCUUCCUCACAAUCAAGUUUAGAGCAGCAGCAGCAACAGUCUCUAGGCAGCGGAACUUCCUCCCCGGCAGCUCCCAAGGCAGCGGCCCCGGCUGUCCCAGCGGACCCAAUCUACAACCUGCCGAACGCGGUAUCUGCGGCCCGCCUGGUCUCGGGGCCCGUCAUUGCGGUUUGGCUGCUGCAGGGGCAAUACGAGGUGGCAACCGUCGCCUUGGCAAUAUCCGGGGCGAGCGACUGGCUGGAUGGCUACCUGGCGCGCCGCAUGAACGCCACCUCAGUGUUCGGAUCCUACCUGGACCCGCUGGCUGAUAAGGUGCUCAUCGCGUGCGUGGCCAGUGCGCUGCUUGCGAACGGCUCCAUGCCGCUCUGGCUGGGCUGCGUGGUGGUGGGUCGCGAUGCGCUGCUGGUGGCCGGCUCCUUUGCGUUCCGACUGGGCAGCUUCGGCUGGAAGUGGCCCGGCAGGGAGGCGUUCUUCCGCACUGCCGACACGGCUUCCCCGCAUGCAUCUGCUCCCGUUUCCCCUCCCGCCGCAUCGUCUGCGGGCGCCGGCGAAGCUACCGGAAGUGCUGGCAGCGGCGGCGGGUGUGUGUCGUACAUGAGGCCGCUGCUGAUCAGCAAGGCGAACACGGUGCUGCAGCUGGUGCUAAUGGGUGGGUACUUGACACGGGGGAUGUACGGCUGGCCGGAGGGAGAUCCGGUCACGGCCCUGGAGGUGGCUACGGCGACUACGACAGUGGCUUCGUUGGUGGCGUACGGUAGGAUGGCUGCACAGGGGGAGCUGUUCAAGUGAUGGGGAUGUAGACGGAGAGUACCUAACAAUGUGGAAAGGCUGUAAGCGGGGAUGAGGGUGAACUCGAUAAUGAUGGGAGGCAUCUGAUGUGGUGGCGAGUACUAGACAACGCUAACAACUGCGUACGUCAGUUCAAAACCGUAAGGAACGUUGGGGCUACGCGGUGUUGGUGUUGCUAUUGCUUUGGUUGUGCUGGCUCGCACAAUGGGAGUUGGUGGUGUGUGGUCACCUUGUGGGUCGAUUGCUUCGACUGCCGGUGGCAACUAGAGAGAAACUAGAACAUAUCAUUUCGCUGGAUCCUCAGGUUGCAAAGUGUUCGACUGUGACAAUCACGUGGGCAUCCGGCCCCCAACAAACAACAACAAUGUCGGGCUGCAUGUCCACACACCUCACAGCGCAUCCAAACAUC